AUUCCGCUCCCUACGUUAGGAAGUGUGCUACUUGGUGCCCCAGGGCGCAUGCGCAGUAUCAUCUCUUGGCCGUACAACAAUCUACUGCAACCAACGACAGCUAGUAAAACAGGACAUUGAAGCAGAAACUCAGCGGCUGUUCUUCAUCAUCAUGAUGGGUUCUGUCCCACCAAUUUCCUCACUGCGCUUACUGGUUCCACCUCUACGGCUCAUGUCUGCCUUUAUGUGGAAAAUUGCCCAACAGCAACAUCUGGAGCAUUAUGGAAAACUAGAGGAAUUUGUCUCUUUAGUUACAAGGCUUGUUCCAGAGGUGUUGACCAGCAGACAGAAGGCCACACUGGUAAUGGGUCUCAGAGCAAAGAUGAUUCUUGAGAUGUGCCGAGGUGAAUUGCCAGCAGACCUUGAGACAGUAAAGUCGCAUAUCCAGAGGAUUCAAUCCUCUCAUUCAUCAAAGGGAAUUGAUACAGAGGCAGACAUCUUGCAGGCAAACCUUUUAACACUUGUCCUGGGUCUGCUGGAAGAUCCUGCCAAAAAGGAAUACUUCUUUCAGGAGGUUUUCCCACACGAGUAUGGUCCAGAAUUUGAUCAAGCACUGCAAGUCCUGGUUGGCCAUUUUCUCUCGAGACUGGAACAGCUGCUGCCAGUACCCAGCUUCAAACAGACUUCAUCUUGGCUCAGUGCCUGCCCCUGGGAGUGGAACGAGUACCUGGAGUCUGUGUGUAGGACGGAGAGUUUAUUACCUUUGAUGCAAAUUGGCAUUUGUGGGACGUUGGAAGAUAACGCACUCCCAUCGAUCGUGGAAGACAGAAUCCUCUCCUCGUUGUCCCUAACCGACAUGGUGAUAACCACCCAAACGCAGCCUCCCUCCCAGGAGCCUCAGGACGAGGACAGGGAGAGUGCCCCAGAAGAUGUUGUCCAGGAUGAAGAUGUCAGUUCAGGUCUUGAUGGAACUGUAGCUGCAGAAUACGUAAGAGCCAACGAUGGUGCAAUGGAGGAAGAUUCUGAGAGACAGACCUUUGAGAGAGAGAUCAAGGAGGCUAUUAAACAUUUGGAAAAGGAGAGCGACUUGUCAGCCGAGGUGGCCGGGGGUCUGCAGAGCACAGGGGUGCCAGGGAUUGACUCAGAAUUGAAGACUACUAAUGAAACAGAUGAAACAACAGAUGGCAUAUCUGAAGCAGUCCCUGCAGUAGAAGAUAUUGCAGCUGAACAGCAAACAGUGAUUCCCAGAGUUGCACACACAAAGAUCACUCAACCACUGGAGGUUUCACACUCUGCAGCAAACCGAGGGAGUGAUGAGGAUGGAGCUGACCAAUGUGAUCCGCAGCAGACUCUUUUGGAGGAAGCCACUCCAGGAGAGGUAACUGAUGAAGCACCAGGGUCAGAGCAAUCUCCCAGAACUCCACUGGCAGCCGACUCCCCAAAGAUACCUAUUAAGAGUUCUUACCUUUUUGGCAGGCUUUUACACAAGUGUCUGAAGUGUGGCAAGCGUUUUGCUUACCGCUCUGAGCUCCACAAACACCAGGAGAGUCACCGACUUGCAGCAUCUAUCAAGUGUUGUGAAUGUGGGCAAAUUUUCAGAGAUUCGAAACUCCUGGCUCUGCACCGGCAGAGAGGCUGUCGUAUGAGGACGUACAAAUGCAUCAAGUGUGGGGCAGCCUUCAGAUCUCUGUCAAACUGGUACAAACACCAGCAGGCCCACAAGGUGGUCUGCACACACAAAUGCCCAGAGUGUGGGAAGGUGUUCCAGAGUCUCACAGGCUUAGUGGCACACAGACGAGAGCACAUGGGUCCUGCAGUAAACGGCAUUUACACCUGUGACAAAUGUGACAUGACUUUUGGCUCAUAUCGAGGCAGAGUGCUGCACCAGAGGGUCCAUACAGAUAAAUCCAAGCAGCCUUCUCGGAAGGAGCGUGAACCGGGGAAGUGCCGUUUCUGCGACGAGUCGUUCGUCCUGCUCAGCGAUUUGAGAGUGCACCUGAAAACUCACCCCGAGUACAGACCGCAUCAGUGCGACCAGUGUGGGAAGUGCUUCGCUCUGCACCACAGUCUGCUCGCGCAUCUCUCAAAUCACACGGGAGACAAGCCAUACCUCUGCACGCAGUGCGGCAAGCGCUUCUUCAGCAAGGUCCAGCUGAAAUCACACAUGAGGUGUCACUCGGGCGAGCGGCCACACAUGUGCCCUCACUGCGGGAAAUGCUUCUCACUGCUGGGCAACCUGAACAUCCAUGUACGGAUCCAUACUGGCGAGAAGCCCUACUUGUGCCGUCAUUGCGGAAAAGGCUUCAUCUCUGCUGGAGAGCUGCAGGUGCAUGAGCGUAGUCACACUGGUGAGAAGCCAUACUGCUGCAGCAUUUGCGAUAAAAGAUUCGUGGUGUCGAGCCACCUGACGGCUCACAAGCGCGUCCACACGGGAGAGCGCCCGUACUCCUGCACUCAGUGUAACAAGACCUUCAUACGGCGAUACGACUGGAAUAAACACAUGUAUACUCACUCAGGAGUGAAGCCCUUCCCCUGUACUAUCUGCCAAAAGAGCUACACACGUCGCACACACUUGAACAGACACAUGCAGAGCCAUGGUGCUGGCCAUUAGUAACAUCAGUCUGAAUGACCGUAUGUCAUACAGAAGUACAUACUUUACAUAAGGACAUUCCAGUGCAAAGUUUCAAAAGCACAUUGCUUAUAUGUUUUGUUUGACCAAAUGCAGAUAUAAUUAACCAAUAAAUGUUGGCCUUCUAGUUUAUCAAAAUACUGUGUGUGUGUGAAUAUCUGUUAACCUGUCUCAGGAAUAAGAGAUUUGAAAGAUGGUGCUAUAAAUACAGCUAGAUGGAAAAGAGAUGGAAAAAUAGUUAAAAUGACCAAAAGUGUAUAGAAUUUUGAUAGAAUGAUUUCAAUCAUUUUCAUUUAUGUUUUGUCAGCUUUUUUUUUUUUUUUUGAAUUAAUUGAAAAUGUAUGCAUUGUAAAUUUUAGAUUUAGGUUAACAUUAAUCUUUUUCUUCUAUUAUCAUAAACCUGGAUAUAAAUUUCAGGUUGAUUUUC